UCAAGAGAGCUUCAAUGGCGGUGAAGCUUCUUUCUAUCAUCUUCUUCCUCUUCCUCCUCAACCUCUCAUCACCUCUCUCUGCUAUUCAGACCCCUGUCUCCUCCGCCAUUGACAUCCUCUCCGAUUCCGGCUUCUUCUCCAUGUCGCUCACUCUUCAGGUCACUGUGACGGCUCUCAACCUCUCUGAAUCUCCUAAACUCACUAUCUUCGCACCGUCAGAUGUUGCUUUCUCCGAAUCCGGACAGCCUUCGCUUCUUGAUCUCCGGUACCAGGUUUCUCCGGCGAGGAUUCCAGGGGAAAGUCUCAGGAAUCUCCCUCAUGGCGCGAAAAUCCCUACUCUGAGAUCGGAUAUCUCUCUGAUCGUCACUGGCUCUUCGGAAUCUGGAGGUGAGAAUUCGAUCAACAACGUCGUUGUCCAAGAUUCUGCAAUUUUCGACGAUGGAUACCUGGUGAUUUACGGAACCGAUGAGUUUUUCAAACCAUUUUCGCAAAUCUCCAUUAGUCCGAUCUUUGCACCAAAACCGAAACCCAAUGCCAACCCUGAUUCGUCAUCUUCUUCAAGCCCUAGCCCUAGCCCGAGUUCUAGUCCUAAGUCAUCAAACAGCUCGAUAUUGGGUUCACCAAAUUCUUCUAUCCCCGAUUUCGAAUUUCAUGUUUUGAGUCCCAAUUCAGGUAGUAACCUACCAAACAGUUCGUUUCCCAGAUCAACAGUUCGUUCUAGCCCUAUCUUGCCGAAUAACUUGUCUGGUUCUGACACCGAUACCAAUGUCUUCGAGCUGGCUUCAGCCGUGUUAACGUCGAGGGGUUAUGUUAUAAUGGGCACUUUUCUCGAUCUGCAACUUGAGAGUUCGUCGAACCAGACGAGGCUCACCGUCUUCGCCCCUGUGGACGACGCCAUUACAGAGUCCGCAGCCAAUUUCUCCGACUACUCCACCAUUUUCAGGGGACAUGUCGUCCAGAGGCUCCUCACCUGGAACGAUCUCAAGGAACUGGAUGGGGAGAGAUCGGUUCUGCAUAGCGCAAGGAGAGGGUUCGAGAUCGAGCUGUCUUGGUCCGGAGACAUUCUUCUGCUCAAUGGAGCUCCCAUCGUCUUCCCAGAUCUUUACGUGAACGCUUGGAUUGCUGUUCAUGGCUUGAACCGGAUGAUCCUUCCGCAGUCGAAGCAGGAUUUCCCCAUGGGAGAGUCCUUCUCAGAACUUGACGGUGGAGAUGAGGAUGAGAGUCAAGACUCUGCCGAGUUCCGCGACUAUGGUGCUCGCUGA